ACGUGAUCGAGCGGGAGUAUGGAAAGUGAUCAUUGCGGGCAGAGCAGCGUUGGAUAAUCCCGCUCUCCUACCGCCCCCCUUUCUCUCUCACCACUCACAUCCCCGGCAAUACUGCUUUGACCAGACACAGCCGGAGAAUAACAAACACUACACCAUCUACAUACUCAUACACUGACAUGCAGCAGAGAGGGCUGCUGCUGCUGCUGCUCCUUCACCCUCUCUCUUUCAUCCUCUUGCUUUCAUACACACACACAAAUUACAAACAGCCUCUUGCCUUGCAGGUGAGAGAGGAUCCAGAGGAGGACACAGUGGGAAUGUGAGUGAGGAGAUUUGUCUGAAAGCAUCUACCUAGAGGACUCAUCCCAUUUUAGCAGUAAACUCCAGCUCUGCAGCAGUGUCCCCACUGUGUGCUGCUGCUCGGGGAAUGCUCGGCUUACAAAGAGACAAGGCCUGAACACAAUGAGCAGCCAGGACAAAUGGGUCACACUGACCCCAGCUGAAUUUGCCCUGCUACAGGAAUACGCUCAGUACUCAACCAAGAAGCUGAAAGAUGUGCUGCAGGAGUUCCAUGGAGAGGGUGUGUUGGCUAAAUACAAUCCAGAGGAGAAGCAGGACAUCCUCCGCCAGGAGAUUGAUUUUGAGGGCUUCAAGGUUUUUAUGCAGACUUUCUUGGAGAGCGAACUCCCUGAAGACUUCUGUCAACACCUCUUUAUGUCGUUUAGCAACAAAGGACACAAACCCAGUCCCUCAUCUUCUGACAAACCCAAAGUGUCUGGGCUGAAGCUGAUCAAAGGCAGCUCCACCCCUCUGAAGACCCCUGCCCUGUCCAGGCCUCUGAAUACAGUGCAGCUGAAGGACAUUGUGUGUUACCUCUCAUUGUUGGAGGGCGGGCGUCCAGAGGACAAGCUUGAGUUUAUGUUUCGCCUCUAUGACACAGAUGGAAAUGGGUGUCUGGACAGCUCGGAGCUGGAGCACAUUAUCUCCCAGAUGAUGCAUGUGGCAGAGUACCUGGAGUGGGACGUGACUGAGCUGAAACCAAUCCUCCAGGAAAUGAUGCAGGAGAUCGACUAUGACCACGAUGGCACCGUGUCACUGGAGGAGUGGAUCCAGGGAGGCAUGACGACCAUCCCGCUGCUGGUCCUGCUGGGCCUGGAGACCAAUGUAAAAGAUGAUGGGCAGCACGUGUGGAGAUUGAAACACUUCAACAAACCAGCCUACUGUAACCUGUGUCUUAACAUGCUAAUUGGACUGGGGAAGCAGGGUCUCUGCUGCUCGUUCUGCAAGUACACAGUCCACGAGCGCUGUGUGGCUCGGGCUCCGCUGUCAUGCAUCAAAACCUAUGUCAAGUCCAAGAAAAACACAGAGGCAAUGCAUCAUUUCUGGGUAGAAGGGAACUGCCCCACCAAGUGUGACAAGUGUCACAAAACCAUUAAGUGCUACCAAGGCCUGACUGGGCUCCACUGUGUGUGGUGUCAGAUCACGCUCCAUAACAAGUGUGCCUCCCAUGUGAAACCUGAGUGUGACUGCGGACCCCUGAAGGAUCAUAUCCUGCCCCCCAACUCAAUCUGCCCCGUCGUCCUGGAAAGGCAGUCUACACUGAGGAAAGACUCCAGAUCCAGCCAGUCGAGCCGAGGGAAGAUGCAGAGAGCCAACUCAGUCACAGUGGACGGCCAAGGACUGCAGAUCACAACAAUAGAGGGCACUCAUCCUCUGCUAGUGUUUGUCAAUCCAAAGAGCGGGGGGAAGCAGGGAGAGAGGAUUUACAGAAAGUUCCAGUAUCUUCUGAAUCCGAGACAAGUGUAUAACCUGGCCAAGAAUGGACCCAUGCCAGGGUUGAACUUCUUCAGAGAUGUUCCUGAUUUCAGGGUGUUGACCUGUGGAGGGGAUGGCACCGUGGGCUGGAUUCUAGACUUCAUAGAUAAGGCCAACCUGGACAGGAACCCCCCUGUGUGUAUACUUCCUCUUGGCACUGGCAAUGACCUGGCAAGAUGUCUGCGAUGGGGCGGAGGUUAUGAGGGCGAGAGCCUCCUGAAGAUCCUGCGGGACAUUGAGAACAGCACAGAGGUGAUGCUGGAUCGCUGGAGGAUCGAUGUCACACCCACGGACAAGGAUGAACGAGGAGACCCGGUGCCUUACAGCAUUAUAAACAACUACUUCUCUAUCGGCGUGGAUGCCUCUAUUGCACAUCGCUUCCAUGUUAUGAGGGAGAAGCAUCCUGAGAAAUUUAACAGCAGAACAAAGAAUAAGCUGUGGUACUUUGAGUUCGGCACUUCUGAGACGUUUUCGGCCACAUGUAAGAAGCUCCACGACUUUCUGGAGGUCGAGUGUGAUGGUAUUACUCUGGACCUCAGCAGCAUCUCCUUGGAAGGAAUUGCCAUUCUCAACAUUCCCAGCAUGCACGGCGGCUCCAACCUUUGGGGCAAGAGCAAGAAGAGGAGGGGUCACCGCAAGGGGGGCAAAAAGGGCAGAGACAAAAGGACACCUGUGGUUGACCCGAAAGAGCUGAUGUUUGCAGUUCAAGACCUGUCUGACCAGCUGCUGGAGGUGGUAGGACUGGAAGGAGCCAUGGAGAUGGGUCAGAUCUACACCGGUCUCAAGAGUGCAGGAAGGCGUCUAGCACAGUGCUCCUCUGUGACCAUCAGAACCAGUAAAUCCCUGCCCAUGCAGAUUGAUGGUGAACCUUGGAUGCAGACUCCCUGUACUAUUGAGAUCGUCCACAAGAACCAGGCCCCCAUGUUGAUGGGAGCGCCACAGAGCCGAAGCUUCUUCUCCUCCUUCAUCACAAGGACGCGCACUGAGAGCAAAGACUGAUGCUACAUGGUUCAAGAACUUCAGGUCCUCACAAGCACCUGCAAAGCAGCGAUCACAAGUUGAUCAUCACUUGGCCCGUUAGUGAAAGGGGUCUUUGAGGCCCGUUCGAUAGCCCAGCACACAGUAGCAAGCUGUAGGUUCAGCAUGUGUUGCCUGCACCAUGAGAAGUCAACCUUUAAUCCAGAGUGAGGUGUGUUCAGGACUGAUGCUUUGAUCUGCAGUGUGUAGUGUAGUUUAGCUCCAGAAAUACUGAAGCUAUUUCUGGAAGUCCACCUCUGAAACUUUUCUAAAAGUUACUUUUUAUUUUUGCUGUUGUGAUCUGUGCCACGUGGAACCAGUCCACAGAAGAAUGUGUGAUGUGAUAUGAUGUAUUUAUUUUAUUUAUUCGUGUUUUGCUGCUAUUAAAGUUUUUUGCAUUUGCAUACCCCAGAUGCAUGAUGGACAGUGAAAGCGGUUGGCGCUGUUGGAGCUGACAUAUCUGGCGUUUGCAGCUGAUCUUUCCCAAGUGAGAUUAGUAAGAACUGAAGUUGUUCUGCUUCGUGUUUCUUCUGCAAGUGAAAAAACUCACUUGUGCUUUCUUUUAAUGGUUCCUGCAAGUCAUCGUUGUCAUGCUUUGAUCUGUCGUCAGUGAAAAGAUUAGGAAUGAUUUUGAUCAUUCAUUAAAAGAAAUGCAUGACACUCUUUAUUGUGCACGAGAUAUUUUUCAGACAGUUUUACAGACUGUGUGCACUUUCUUUUGCAUGGGUGACCAGGAUCUGUUUUGACACUUGUGGAAAUCGAUCGUUUUUGAAUCUACAGUGCUGCUCUGCUCAAUCGUAUCAGAUGUUAUUUAUGAGAUGGCUGCAUUUUAGGGGAUCCAGUUUUUUCAGAAUAAUUAGUUUACUCAGGUACUUUUAAAAUGAAAACCAGUGAAAAGGCAACACUAGUGUUGGCCUUAUAGUUGGGUAUUUACAAGAAGCACUUUGACUUCCUCUGGUCAUUGAUUUGUUCUGAUGUUUACAGUUGAGUUUUACAGUCUACUGCACAUCUAAGCGUACAUUAACCAAUUAAAGCAUAAUACAAAAUGACUAUUGACAUAAAGUACAAGCCUGAUUUAAAGAAUCAGUGCUGCAAAUCAGCCCAUCCGGUAAUUAACAGUCAUGUGUGCACACACCAGUUAUAAAAGAUUUCUUUGUGCACCUCUUGGAAAAACUGAAUGAUUUAAACUGUUUAUUUCAUGUAAGAGUUUCCUUAUACAACCUAAGUGAGUCAGUACAUUUCUGCAUUCAUUCUCACCAAAGACAAACUCUUGCACCACUAGAAUUUUUUGGUGGGGGGGUUGUUACAUGCCUGUGUGACACACGCCUGGUAAAUGUCUUGUUUUUAACAGAACUGCACACCCGCAUGUUUUCUGAGAACAAUUUUAGGCUCGACUGUUUCAGUCUGCAAGUGCCAUAUGGCAGUGGAGACUGAGGUCGGAGCCUGCCUUCUCUAUGCUUUGUACGGUGCAGCAUUUGUAGUGAGUGAGGUUGUAUUUUUGUACACAGUAUUCUUUAUCUUUAUGCUUACUGCUUCAUUGUAGAAUUCACAUCCUGAUGUUCUGCCUAAAACAAAUUCUGCCUGCCAAUGGUGACUCGAGUGAUAAUGGAAAUAAUAAAAAACUUUUGUU